AUGAGUCCAUCGGCGAUUUCAGUGCCGAUCGUCGGGGAGGAAAGUCUAGAGAGGUCCCUGAACAACGGUAGUUAUAGCUUGAACGGCCAUUCCGUCAAUGGGGCAGUUCAACCUCCAUUGAAAGAAGCCGUGAGCGGCACCCAGAAGCCGCAGUCAUUCCUCGAGAGUCCGAACGAUGACGAUCUCCUUGACUUCAUCUGCGUUGGAUUUGGCCCCGCUUCGCUCUCAAUUGCCGUUGCCCUGCACGACUCUCUCGAAGAACAGUUCAAGGUUGAAGGUCGGUCUGCGAGCCCGAAGGUUUUGUUUCUAGAGAAGCAAAAUCAGUUCCGAUGGCAUGGUGGUAUGCUCAUAGAGGGGGCGAAAAUGCAGAUCAGCUUCCUCAAGGACAUGGCCACGUUCCGCAACCCAAAGAGCGACUUCACCUUCCUUAACUACCUGCACCAGAACGACCGGUUGGUCCAAUUUGCCAACCUCAGCACCUUUCUCCCGCUUCGAAUCGAGUACGACGACUACAUGCGCUGGUGCGCCCAAAAAUUCGACCAUGUCGUACGUUACGGUCAGGAGGUUAUCCAGAUCGCACCUGAAAAGCAAGUCUCUGUAGCAAAUGGCCCAGUCCAGGUGUUCGAGGUAGCCUCUCGCGAUUUGCGGACGGGCACCCAGACUGUGCAUCGGGCAAGGAACGUCGUUAUUGCCGUCGGAGGUCAACCACAAAUUCCGGCCCCUUUCCCAAAUUCCAACCCGAGAGUGAUCCAUUCUAGCCAAUACGCUUACAUGCCUGCGAAGCUACGCCAGAAAGGCGGCACUUACAACCACAUCGCUGUCGUUGGCUCGGGACAAAGUGCGGCAGAGAUCUUCGAGGACAUUCAGAGUCAACACCUGGAUUCGAAAGUAUCAAUGAUCAUGCGGGACUCGGCAUUGAGACCAUCGGACGAUAGCCCAUUCGUGAAUGAGGUCUUCGAUCCAGAGUCAACGCACGCCUUCUUCUCCCAGCCCCCUUGCGGACGUGCACAAACCUUAGCAAGAAACCACAAUACUAAUUAUAGUGUCGUACGCCCUGGUCUUAUCGACCGAAUCUACGAGUCUCUAUACGCGCAACGGCUUGUGUACGGUUCCGAUACCAAUAGCUGGCGCACUCGGAUCCUGCCUUCACGACAAGUCUUGUCGGCAGAACCCAUCCAUAAUGGGAUCAAACUUCGAAUCGCCCCGGAGAAGAGUGGUAGCAAUGGCGUGGACGUGCAGCACGCUGACGGCACCGAGCUGGAUGUGGACCUCCUAAUCCUUGCCACUGGAUACUCGCGCACUUUACAUCGGGACCUGCUGUCACCUUGCAAGUCGCUGUUGUCGUCGCCGGACAAGGAAAGUGGCAAGUUUCCGGUUCGAAGGAAUUAUUCUGUUGCGUUUGAGCCAGGUACUGUUGCCGAGGAAUCCUCAGGGAUCUGGUUGCAAGGCUGCUGCGAGCAAUCACAUGGCCUCUCGGAUUCGCUGCUGUCUGUACUGGCUGUGCGUGGCGGAGAGAUGGUCGAAUCGAUGUUUGGGAAGAAGAUGGAGAAGUUGGGAUGA